UCACUGAAUUGUAUACGUGUUGUGGGAAAUCGUCUUUCAGUCUUCAAUGCCCUGUACUUGUAGGCGCCAGUCAAGGUAUGGCGGAAGUAAUGAACCCUACAAAACAUCCUGAAUGCUAAUCACCCGGGGACGAAUCGUUCACGCUAAAGCUUAGUUUAUGGGAUCACAAGUUUCUCAGUUCUCGGAUACAAACGUACAUUGAAUUUAAAGAAGGUCUUAAUGAGAAAAUGUUAUUGGAUUCACUGUUUAUGAGCUCUCUUAAAACGGGAUACAAAACCUAGGCGGACUUUAAUUUCUGUUUAUGGCUCAUUUUGCAGUAGACGGAUAGUAAACGAAAAUAUCACGGCAAAGGAAAUUAAAACUUUGAAAUAAUCAUUUCCUUGGACCUCGGCCAGUUCACAAAAUACAAAAUGUAAACGAAGAAUAAAGAUGUAAAUUAUUCAUUGAUUUUGGCAGGCCGUUAAAUUGUUUGUACGAAGCAGGAGCGCUCAAGCUUUUUCCUCUGAAUUGAAAUAAAACAGCAAAUUUCACAAAAAUCUUUCAGCAUAGGCUAGUGCAUGUUAAACAGAAUUGCAUCAGGGUUUAUACGGAUUAUCGCCGAGUAGUUAUAUACAGAUGUGUGUUUCUUAUUGAUCUGCUGUCAAUUGCAUUUGUGUAUGAUAAUUGAAUAUGUCAACAGCGUAAGCCAUUUAUGUAGAGGUAAACCUGCACAAAUGACAGAGGAGUGUGAGUGAUUGGAUUUAACUUCUAAAGUUUCGACAGAAAUAGUGACGCAAAUAUGAACUUAAACAAAAGUCUAUGCCAUUUUAAUGUUCAUUGCAAAUAUAUUUUCAUUUAAUGUAUUUGGUGGGUCCAUCUGAAAGUUUUACAAUAUUUACACGGAUUUGGAGGCAAAGUCAUUCAUCGUACUUUCCAAAGUGAAUUUCAUACAAUGGAUUCUUAUGAUGAUCAACCGGAGGAAGAUUUUAUUGCUACCCUUCUAAAACAAUCGUCUGCUUCAUCACACGAUAACAAGGCUUAUUCUACAACGCCCAGUAGAACUUCUAGUCCCCGGGACUCCCGCACAAGUCAGCCCUUGGUCAGGCAUAAUGGACAUCAACAAUUUGGAAACCAAGCGACAGCCCUUCAACACAAAGACAAAACAGCGAGUCCCCAGGCCAGUCAUCUAAGUCUCACGGACCCAUUGUUAGAUGACAAAGUUUACUCCGCUCUAGCGUAUGGCAUUUACGGACUACUUUUGUUUUUUCUUACUACCGUGACAACAAUUUGCCUCAUUGUACUCACUUAAACUAGUCAGGUCUACCAAUAUUUCUACAU